GCGGCCUCACGCCUCGGGGAGGGUCUGUGGCGCGGGGCGGGGCUGGGCGGGGCGGGCACCGGGGCUUCGGCGGGGGCUGCCGGGAUUGGAGCGCCGCGGAGCCCGCCCGCCUCCGCGCCUGCGGGCCUGCCAGCCCGGCGCUGUCGAGAGUGCUUGCGUCCGCUCCUGGGCCAUGCCCGCGCCCAGUUCGCUGCGCGCCCGGCCCUGCUAGCUCUCCCAGGCUUCCUCUACCCGCGCCGCGCCGCACCUGGCGGCGGCCCCGGAGCCCGGCUCGGGCGGCAGCGCGGCGGCGGGCGCCUGGUCCCGGGCUGGCCGUGCGCGCCCGGCGCGGAGCACUGCGGCCAUGGGGCUGCAGCCCCUCGAGUUCAGCGACUGCUACCUCGACAGCCCGUGGUUCAGGGAGCGGAUCCGUGCCCACGAAGCCGAGCUCGAGAGGACCAACAAGUUCAUCAAAGAGCUCAUCAAGGACGGCAAGAACCUCAUCGCCGCCACCAAAAGCCUUUCGGCAGCCCAGCGGAAGUUUGCUCACUCGCUCAGAGACUUCAAAUUCGAGUUUAUUGGGGACGCGGAGACAGAUGAUGAGCGCUGCAUAGAUGCCUCUCUCCGAGAGUUCUCCAACUUCCUGAAGAACUUGGAAGAGCAGAGAGAAAUUAUGGCAUUAAGUGUCACCGAAACCCUGAUUAAGCCCUUGGAAAAAUUCAGAAAAGAGCAGCUCGGAGCCGUCAAGGAAGAGAAGAAGAAGUUUGACAAGGAGACAGAAAAAAACUACAGCCUCAUUGAUAAGCAUUUGAAUUUAUCAGCAAAAAAGAAAGACUCACAUUUGCAAGAGGCGGACAUCCAAGUGGAGCAGAACCGCCAGCACUUCUACGAACUGUCUCUUGAAUAUGUGUGUAAGCUUCAGGAAAUCCAAGAGCGGAAGAAGUUUGAGUUUGUGGAACCUAUGCUGUCGUUUUUCCAGGGAAUGUUUACUUUCUAUCAUCAGGGCCAUGAACUUGCCAAAGAUUUCAACCACUACAAAAUGGAACUGCAGAUCAACAUUCAGAAUACCCGGAAUCGUUUUGAAGGCACCAGGUCCGAAGUAGAAGAACUGAUGAACAAAAUCAGACAGAGCCCCAAGGACCACAAGCGAGCCAGUCAGUUUACUGCGGAAGGCUACCUGUAUGUUCAGGAGAAAAGGCCUGCUCCGUUUGGUUCCAGCUGGGUCAAGCACUACUGCAUGUACCGCAAGGCGGCCAAGAAGUUCAACAUCAUCCCGUUUGAGCACAGAUCUGGGGGCAAACUCGGUGAUGGAGAAGUGUUCUUUUUGAGAGAAUGCACCAAAAGGCAUACUGACUCCAUUGACAGAAGGUUCUGUUUUGAUGUGGAAGCUGCUGACAGGCCUGGCGUCUCCUUGACCAUGCAGGCAUUUUCUGAAGAAGAGAGGAGGCAGUGGCUGGAAGUUCUGGGUGGAAAAGAAGCUCUGUACCAGAGUUUUAAUAGAGCCAUCAUCCCAAGACCAGAAGGAAAUGCGCAGCUGGAUAAGAUGGGCUUCACAGUUCUUAGAAAAUGCAUCAGUGCGGUUGAAACACGAGGUAUAAACGACCAAGGACUGUACCGAGUUGUGGGGGUGAGUUCAAAGGUCCAGAGACUUCUGAGUAUGUUGAUGGAUGUGAAAACAUGCAAUGAGGUGGACCUGGAGAACUCCAUAGACUGGGAAGUGAAGACAAUCACAAGUGCCUUAAAGCAGUAUCUGAGGAGUCUUCCGGAGCCGCUUAUGACCUAUGAGUUACAUGGAGAUUUCAUUGUUCCAGCCAAAAGUGGCAGCCCAGAAUCUCGUGUUAAUGCUAUCCAUUUCUUGGUGCACAAACUGCCAGAGAAAAACAGAGAAAUGUUGGAUAUCUUGGUGCAACACUUGACAAAUGUUUCCAAUCACUGCAAGCAGAACCUCAUGACUGUGGCCAAUUUAGGAGUGGUGUUUGGACCAACGCUGAUGAGGCCGCAGGAGGAGACUGUUGCUGCCAUCAUGGAUUUGAAGUUUCAGAACAUUGUUGUGGAAAUCUUAAUCGAAAACCAUGAGAAGAUUUUCAGGACUCUGCCUGCUGCCACAUUCCCCGAGCCUGCGGUCCUGUCAACAUCACCCCCAAACGCCCCUCCACGGCAGUCAAAGAGGCAAGGCCAGCGGACCAAGAGACCCGUGGCUGUGUAUAACCUCUGUCUGGAGCUAGAAGACGGUGAUAGUCCCAACCCUGUGAAGGAGGACACUCAUACCAGCAGUCUGGACUCACUUUCUUCCCCGUCUCCCACGACCGCUGCUGCCAUUGGACCUCUCGGGUCAGAGAAGAACCACCUUCUUGCAGACGGGGGCGGCUUUGGGGACUGGGCACCCACUGUCUCCAGCCAGGCCCGUUCCUCUAUGGUCCAGUGGCUGAACCCGCAGUCUCCCAGCACCCCCAGCUGCAGCCCGGCUGUCACCCCUCCUUCACCCAGUACCCCACCGUUCCCCCUGUCUCUCCCGGCUUCAGUUGCAGAGAAGCCCCCUGAAAGUGUGUCUAGUCGGAAGGCCCGAGCCGUGUACCCCUGUGAAGCAGAGCACAGCUCGGAGCUGUCAUUUGAGAUCGGAGCCAUUUUUGAGGAUGUGCAAACAUCCAGGGAGCCUGGCUGGCUGGAAGGGACCCUGAAUGGCAAGCGGGGGCUGAUCCCACAGAACUACGUGAAGCUGCUGUAGUGCCCGGCCCGUGAGGACCCCACACCGCCCCUGCCCCCAGAGGGUGGGUGGCCAGCCACCUCCCUGCUUCCGGACACUCGGGGGUUACGGAGCACAGAUUGGCACUCCUGGGGCAGGUGGCAGGGGCAGACUGCCAGGGUGGGAGGACCAGGAUGCACCCCAUGGCUCUGACUUGGGGGGAAGAUUGCCAGAAGAACAGAAGACUCUGCAUGCCUCACGCCUGCCUGUGGGCGCUGCCUCCCCCCACCACCACCCCCUUGGACACCUCUCCCAGAGUGCUUUACGGGCUGCACCUGGCCCAGGUGUCACCAGGCCUGGAUGCAGGGGAGCCGGGCACUCUGAACCCAGAGGGCAACAAAGAGGUACUCCCUCCUGGGCGCCCCCAGACACCCCCCAAACUAGGGCACAUGACGUAUUUAUAACGGGCUUCUCCUUGGUGCUUCUCACCUAUGUGCUGCUUCCUGGACACCACCCCUUGGCCCUGAGAUCUCUGUACAUGAAAUAAAGUGUAUUUACUACC